AUGAGUACAAGAAAGGGCAAAGCUAAAGGUCCUAUUGCUCAGAAAUCCAGGGACCAUGGUAGUCUUCGCCGGAGAUCAACUACAGCUGGACAGACGACGAACGAAUAUACGGAACCCCCAGAUGCCAACACAACAAUGCCAUCUCCACAAACCCCCAGAAGGAGACGAAGAAGAAUCAACGUGUCUCCCUCAAAGAAGGGUAAAUAUAUUCGGGUCAAGUCUGCUUUGAAUUCAGAACUCAUUCAGGUUUCUGCCAUUCGACAGCUGGCCAUCAGCACAGGAGGACUGGUCAAUGACCACUUACGGAAGAAAGCUUGGCCCUUGUUGGUUGACCUUGAUUUAGAAAACAUCCCUCCUAAGCCUGAUGCUCAGCUGUUGAAGGAACAUCGUGACUAUACACAGGUAGUCUUGGAUGUAGAGAGAUCUCUCAAGCGGUUUCCACCAGGAAUGGAAGAUGACAAACGAUUAGCUCUGCAGGACAAACUAAUAGAUCUCAUUUUGCGUGUUCUAGUCAGACAUCCAGAGCUACAUUACUAUCAGGGUUAUCAUGAUAUUUGUGUCACAUUUCUUCUUGCUGUUGGUGAAGACAUUGCAUUUGCCUUAGUGGAUAAACUGUCUACUACACAUUUAAGAGCAUACAUGGAUGCCACAAUGGAAAGGACGAAAGUGGUGAUGAAUUACUUAAAUCCAAUUGUUGCCAAAGCUAAUCCAGAAUUAGAGAAAUUUCUCCAACGGUCUGAAGUAGGAACCAUGUUCUGUCUCAGCUGGUUGAUCACAUGGUAUGGACAUGUUCUCAAUGAAUAUCGUCACAUUGUCAGAUUAUAUGACUUUUUCAUUGCCUGCCACCCGCUUAUGCCAAUUUAUUUGGCAGCUGCAAUUGUCCUUCACCGAGAAAAGGAGAUUCUUUCCUGCCAGUGUGAGAUGGCUAAUGUCCAUCAACUUCUGUCUCGUAUCCCUGAUGACCUCCCAUUUGAGCAGUUGAUUAGCAAAGCUGGGGAUCUUUUUCUGCAAUAUCCCCCAACGGAACUGAUCUCUGACAGUGCUGCAGCCACCGCCGCGGCUGUCCGGGAUGCCACACAAGCAGCCCUCAAGUUUGCCGCCGAGAAGAAAGCACGAGAAGCUUUGGUCAUCAGAAGACAAAAUAGGAAGUUGGCUUUGAAAGUUACUGUGGUCGCGCUAAGUGCCAUCCUUGCUGGCUACCUCUAUUCAACUUUAGAUGUCUCGGCUAGUUGGGAAGCUUGGUUUCACAGCUGA